UGCAGUCUUCGGAACUGAUCCCGCAGUGCUAUUCCAGAAACAGAAGAAAACAGAAGGAAAGAAAAGUAGAAAUCCAGAAGAAAGAAGCAAGGGAGAAAAAGUAGAGAAAGGAUGGCCCCCAUCGCGCAGGCGGUUACGGUCUCGCUCGAGGAGCUAAAGAAAGGCUCUGUUCCCUUCAGCACGCUCCAGGAGGCAUUCGGCCCGGAGUCGCUGGGGAUUCUCGUCGUCAAUGACGUACCGCCCGAGUUCGCCAAUCUGCGACGCCAUGUACUGUCAUACUCGUCCUUUCUUGGGAAUCUGCCCAAGUCCGAGCUAGAUAAGCUCGAGAAUGAGAAGGCAAAGUAUCUUACUGGUUGGUCGCUGGGCAAGGAGACGCUCAAGAACGGUCAGGUAGACAACCUCAAGGGCUCGUUCUACGCCAACUGCGCCUUCUACAUCGACCCGGAGCUGUCGUGCGCGGCGCCCACAGGGGAAUACAACGAGGAAAACUUCCCCGAGUACCUCAGCCCUAACAUAUGGCCCAGCGAGGCCGUGCUCCCUGGCAUGCGUGCCGCUGUCGAGGAGCUGUGCAGGCUCAUCAUCGACGUCGCGGUGCUGGUUGCGGGCGCGUGUGACAGCUUCGCCGAGCAGGAGAUCCCGGGCUACCCAGCGGCGUAUCUACAGCGUAUGAUGGCUGGCUCUAUGACCACCAAGGCGAGACUGCUGCAUUACUUCCCAGAACCGGCUGGCGCUGCUGCUACUGCUGCUGCCCCGGCGUCGGAGGGUGACGAGGAUGACUGGUGCGCCACGCACCUGGACCACGGCUGCCUCACAGGCCUGACGUCGGCCAUGUUCGUUGACGAGGGCGCCGCCGACCCGACGGUGCCCAAGUUCGAGCCGUCUUUGCCGGAAGCGCUGCAGCCCCUCGACGAGCUCGAGUCCUCGCCAGACCCGGCGGCCGGGCUGUACAUCAAGUCCCGCACAGGGCAGACGGUGCAGGUGAAGAUCCCGCGCGACUGCAUCGCGUUCCAGACGGGCGAGGCGCUGGAGCAGAUCACAGACGGGCGGUUCAAGGCUGUGCCGCACUUUGUGCGCGGGGCCAGGGCGACGGGGCCCGGUGCUGCGAGGGUAGCGCGGAAUACGUUGGCCGUCUUCACGCAGCCGAACCUGGACGAGGUGGUGGAUCGCGGGCGGGGCAUCACGUUUGGGGAGUUUGCGAGGGGCAUCGUGGCGAAAAAUACGGUUUCUUGAAUGGUGGCACAUUGUCAGAGGGCAAACAAAUUUGUCUUGCCGACAUUACAUGAGAAAAGGAACAAGAAGAUCCCAGCC